AUGGCAGCUAAGGAGUUUAUUGUUUCUAAGGAGGCAGCUAAGGAGUUUAUUGUUUCUAAAGAAAUCAUUUCAGGCUCAUCUGCCACUGUGACUGAUCCUGGGAUCUGUGAAGACCUGAGCAAAUCUUUUCCCUGGACAAAUAAGAAAAGGAAGAGCUGGCUUUCAAGGCUCUGUAGGAAGAAAACAUCUUUGUCAGAAAAUGGAUGGAAUUCCUAUUGCUUAUCUUCAUUAGCUGCUCGGAAUAUCUGUACCAGCAAACUUCAUAGCUCUUGGGAUCAUUUGGAAACUGCUUCCCUUUGUUGUUCAAUAUGUAGCACCUCUUCUUGUUCUCUCUUAAAUGCCUUGGCUUUGGGAGAAUCCAUUCAGGCACUGCCAAGUAGUAUCCGUAACCCUAACAAAGCCAUCUUCACUGUGGAUGUCAGAACCACUGAGAUUCUAGUUGCAAAUGAUAAAGCCUGCAAGAUUCUGGGAUAUAGUACUCAGGAAAUGAUUGGCCAGAAAUUAUCUCAAAUGAUUUCAAAAUCCAAUUGGGAUAUUAUGGAAGCUCUGAAAGAGGAACAUACUGAUGUUGAAGAACAUGGACCAGUAGUUCCUGGAACAGUGGUAGAUGUUAUUUCCCAAAAUAAUGAGAAGAUUCCUGUCUCUAUAUGGACAAGAAAAAUUAAAACACAUUGCAGUCAGUACUGUGUUGUUGUUUUGGAGCCUGUGGAAAGACUCUCUGCUUCUGUUUUCUUCAAAAGCAAUGGAGAGAUUACUUCCUGUGAUCCCCUUUUUGCUCACCUUCAUGGAUAUUCAUCAUCAGAAGAUGUCGUUGGUCACUAUAUAAAAGAUUUGAUUCCUUCUAUCCAACUUCCUGCACCUGGGAGAAAAAUUCCAAAGAGUAUCAAAAUUCAGAGAUCUGUUGGCAGAGCAAGGGAAGGAACAACAUUCCCUCUCAGCUUGAAACUGAAAGUAAAUCUUCCUGUUGAUGAAGUUAUUUCAGUAUCAGAUGAUCCUCGACCAGCCAUGGAUGGUGAUGCUUUGGAAAAUAGCACAUCUUUACCAAUAAAUUGUUGCUUCUGUGCUACCAUCUGGGUGUUCACCACUAUCAGCGGACUAGUAACCAUUCAGGCAGAUGGCACAAUUUAUGGAAUUAACAAUACAUUUUCCCUAAUGCUAUUUGGUUAUGAGAAGAAAGAACUAUUAGGCAAGAAUAUCACAUUCUUGAUUCCUGGUUUUUACAAGAACAUGGAUAAGACUGACUCCUCUUUGCAACUCCCACAAUCUAGAGAAAGUUGUGUGAAUGCAGAAAACAUGAAUUCCUUUGAUAACUUUAAAGGAAUGCAGAGGGAUGGCUGUGCUAUUGGGAAAGUCACCAGCUCAUUGUUUGUUGGGGACAUGACUUUGCCAGAUCUGAAGGAACAACAGGAAUUAGGGAGGGAUGGAGCAGAGCUCCCAACUAAGAAGGAAAUCCAGCUGGAAAGUUUGGGAAAUGGGUCCUGUGCUCUACUGUCUACAUCACUAAAUAGAAACCAAAUGCAUAGCAAGAAUGUGCUAGCUACUAAUAAAGCCCUAUCUUCUGAAAAUCUACAUUAUGAAGAUGGUACUGAAAAAGAGACUAGGAAAUCUACCACUUGUCAGCAGUAUGAAUUACAUUCUCUAAAACAGUCUCAUUCAGAAUCAAAUGUAUUAGACGAUAGAACUAAACUAAAUAGUCACCUUUCCAGAAGUACUUGUGACCUAAUUCAGGAAGAAAAUGACAAUCUGGAUAUACACAAUUCUACUUCACCACAAGAAAUUAUGAAGUACCAACCUUCCACUAUAGGUAGGGGAAUAAAAGGUUGUCUCCUGGGCGGUGAGAUAUUUGAUAAAAGUUUAUUAAAAGCUGAAUUAGAACUUGAGACAAAUGUGCCUUGUGAAGCUGUGAAUGGGUCAUUUGGAACACCAAGAAUGGAUGAGCCAACAGACAACAUAGCAUCUAACCCAAGGCAAAGCCAUGAAAUUCCACAUAGAACUCUAAUGAGUAGUACCAUCAGCUUAACUUUUGAGAAUAAUUCCUUAGAAAGUUCAACUAAUGAUUCUUCAGCUUUUCUGCCUGCAAAAAGGAGCAAUAGUCUUCCUGUACACACAGGAUCAUCAAACCUUUAUGAUGCCUCUGUAAUUAUGGGAGGUGAGAAAGUGGGUGGCAAGGUCAAUUCUGUUUGCUGUGGACUGAUGAACCUGAGGAUUAAUGAAGAGGUGAGAUCUGACUCAUGUGCUGCCUUUGGACCAAUUAAACUUUCCUUGUUAGAUGCGGAAGAUCUUGUCCAGUCCCUGGACCAGGCAAAUAAUAUUGCAAGUGAUCAAUUGGAGCUUCUCUUGAAUGGUAGCUCUCCAGCAGGCAGUCAAAAGAACUUGUUCUCUAAUAAACCUUCUCAGUACUUUGACAAUGAUUUCUCUAUACUUUGUACUUCAGAACUUGAAAGUGCUGCAGAGACUUUGACGGAUAUUCUAGAAAUUAAUUCACUAAAAAACAAUGUUCGAUCUCAAGAAGACUUUUUGACAUUAAAGCAGCAGCACAUGACACAAGUAACAUCAACUCCUGUAAAACUAGAAAAUGUGCUUUCUUCAGCAACUGUUUUGAACACUGAGAUACUGGAAGGCAGCUAUUCUGGUAACUGCUAUCAUCGAGAUGGUUCCCGACUCAGCAUACACUUUGAAGUGAAGCGUGUGGAAUUGCAUGAUCCUGCUGCUCUUUUUUGUAUUUGGGUUAUGAGAGACCUUUUCCAAAGCCAGAAACAAGCAGCAGCAAAGACACAAUUACUUCUUUCUAGCUUGGCCAGUUCCUGCGAAACCCUAGAUGAAGUCUCAGCCAUUAGUUUGGCAGAACUAAUCAAAAACACACCCUUAUUUGAGAAUUCACGGAGAGCUGAAGAAUUAGAAAGACUGAAAGCUUGUGAGGGAGGCUAUGGAAAGAAAUAUGAUACUGUCACUUUCAUUGGGAAAGGAGCUUUUGGGUUUGUCUGGACAGCAAGAUGUAAAAUGAAUCAGGAAGAGGUUGUAGUGAAGUUCAUUUGGAAAGGAAGGGUAUUAGAUUACUGCUGGGUAGAGGAUCCUGAGCUAGGAACAGUUACUCAGGAGAUUGCUAUUCUGAGAAAACUUCAGCAUCCCAAUAUUAUCAAGGUACUAGAUAUAUUUGAGAACCAGCAGUUCUUUCAGCUAGUGAUGGAGAAGCAUGGGACCGGUCUAGAUCUAUUCACAUUCAUUGAUAACCAACCUGAUUUGGAUGAACCUUUGGCGAGUUACAUAUUCCGGCAGCUUGUAUCUGCAGUGAACUAUCUUCGCUGUAGGAACAUUCUUCACAGAGACAUAAAAGAUGAGAACAUCAUAAUUGCUCAAGAUUUCACUAUCAAGCUAAUAGACUUUGGCUCAGCUGCUUAUCUGGAACCUGGCAAAAUGUUCUAUACUUUUUGUGGGACAAUUGAGUAUUGCUCUCCAGAAGUGCUGUCAGGCAAUCCAUACUCAGGACCAGAACUGGAAAUGUGGUCACUAGGUAUCACCCUUUACACCAUAGUCUUUGGAGAAAAUCCUUUUUGUGAGCUUGAAGAAACAAUGGAUGCUGUACUGCGACCUCCUUACAGUGUGUCAAUUGAUCUGAUGGGUCUCCUGUCUGGGCUCUUGAAGCCUUUUCCACAGGAUCGGACAACUCUAGAAACGGUCAUAGGGGAUCCUUGGGUGAUACAACCUGUAAACUUGAUGAACUAUGCGUGGGAGAAAGUAUUUACUUGUGGCAAACCAGAAAACAACAGUUUCAAAAUUUACUCCACUGGCUGCAGUCACGGUGGUAUCUGGGCAAUCCCGAGCCUGGAGAGUAUGCAGAGUUUAAAUGAUGAGGUCAAUAAGCAUGAGCUGGCAAAUUCCCAGCUAGCUGGAAUGAUCUCUUCUGCAGAACAAGAGCCAUCAACCUCUUCCCAGUGCCAGAAUAACUGAAAUCUUAACUUUGGACACACUCUUGCUCUUCCCUGGGAACUGAAAAAAAUGCCACAAGGACACCAAUGUGAUGAGCAUAAUGGCUACAUGAGGUGAAGCAGCAAAAUUACAAGUUCUCUAUGCCUCCUGUGAGCGCGUCUGAUAUGAUUCUUUAAUUUCCACAUAUAGGGAUUUAGUUUUCAUAGUGCCUAAUUACAAAACUCCAGUGUAAUUACAGUCAAGUUAGGAUGACAGAUAUAUAACAUAACAUCUAGGGCUCAACUGCACAAUUUAAAUCUGCAUAUUUGACUUUUCAUCCACUGACAUUGUAAAAAUGGUACCAGCAAAUGGACAUUCAGUAGUUUUGGAGAAAGACUAGACAGUAAAUCUCCAUAGUGGAUAGGCAACCACAGUCUGUAUUUCCAUUAGUUCAUUUUGGUUAUCUGUUUUCCAUUAAUGAUAAUUUGUUUGUAAUUACCAAUCAUAACAGAACCUUUGCUUAGACUGCAGAAAGAUAGCAUUGAUCUUCAUCUUUUUAGUUUUUUAAAAAUGCCACAUACGUUUGAUUUUCCUCGAAAGAAAACAAGAAGCAGUAUCUUUCACAUUUUUCUUACUGAAACAUAAGAAACAUCAUACAUUGGAACAUAAGGACAUCAUUUGAGAUUUUCUUUAAGUGAAUUACCUGAUGGCUCUCCUGGUAAAAGGGUAAAGUUUCUGAUGGCCACAUAUUUUAGCUUCCCAGUAGAGAUCAUCUUAUAAAUUUUAUCUGAUACAUAACCGAAGGGAUAAUCAAUAUGAGUUUAUAAUAUCCUGUGUUUUGGCUUUGUGGAUGUUCUUGCUUUAGAGAAAUCCUCCCACAAUAGAGGAAACAUUUUGCACAUAUUAGGUUUAAAUGGGAGGUCAAUAUUUUCUUACAUAUCAAGACAAGAAAAAAAAAGGACCAUUUUCCAACAAAGGACCCUAGCCAGACAUUUCUGACAGUGAGUUUUGCUUAAAAACCUUGGUUGUGCUGAAAGAAAUAGUCACCAGAAAGUUCAAUUGACUUGGCCAAUUCAUUUUCCUUUAAAAAAGAUAUUUUAUAUAGAUUCCUUGGAUUAUAAAUUGGCAAUUGAACAUUUUAUAGUUAUUUUUUUAACUGUUUAGGAACAAUGCAUUUUUUCAAAUUAGUUUAGCAUGGCAAAUAAUUACUUCUCUUUAUUGAUUGUAUUGCUUCAUAACUAGAUAGAUGAACAUCUGUAUUUGGCUGUAAUUCUCCUAAGGAGUAUUUCCUUCAGUAGUACAACUAUCCUUAAUACUACUGACAGUUUGAAUUUUACUUUACUAGGGUUCAGUUUAAAGGUUGCUUCAGUGGAACACAUUUUCAAUGCUAUUUUGGUUAUAUUACAAGGUUGUGCCUUCCUCUCCUUCUUGUGAAGGAAGCUAUUGCCCAAUCUACACAGAGGAGAAAAUAUUUGGAAGUGUUCUGCUAGGAAUGUGUGUGUAUGUAUGUAUGUAGUACAGAAUAGGACAUCAAUAGCUUGCAACAACUACUGCCAAAUCAAUAAUCUAUUUAAUGUAUUCUGUCCCUUGAUGUCCACUGUUCUCUCUAUCCUGGUAUGUGUUUCAUAGUAGUAUGGGGACAGUGUUUACUGCACAGAAUUUUUGACAUGAUUCCAUGUUAGCCAGUUUGCUAAAGAAAUGCAUACAAUGACAUUAUUACAGAAGGAUGCAAUUGAAAACUAAUCCAAGAGAAGGCCUUGCUAGAAGCUGUCCCACUUGGGCAUAAAGCCUAGAUUUGUAGGAUAAACUAAAUCACAAAUAGGGCUGUGCAGACAUGUGAAAAAGGUGCUUUGCAACUGGUACCUGUUUUCUUUCAAAGGCUGUUCCUGGUUAUCUUCACAUGUAUGUACAUGGAUAGUUGUUUUGCCGGCAGUUCUAAUGGAAACAUUCAUUCAUGCAUGCACAGAAAAUCCAAAAUUACCUUCAAAAUAACCUUAUGAACAUUCCAGAGGAGCUGGCUACUUUAAUGCUUCAAGGAAAAGAGGUGCUUUUAGCUAACGUAUUUUGUGAAGCACCUCAUUCACUUGUUUUGUACAACCAUAAUAAUCAGAUCUAUCUUGUGUCUUGAAUUUUCAAUAUACACUGUAUUUUUGACUAUGAGAACUCUAUAGAAUAUGAAUUAUAUUUGCUGUAACUUUAAACUUAAUUGUGUUAAAUCAUUUGCUGAAAUGAACAAAAUAUACAGUAGUAUUUUAAUGCA